AUGAAGGGACUGCUGGCGCUUUAUCUUGCCGCCUUUGCGGUCUCCCUGACGACGCUCUCGCUCAAUACCGCCUCGACUCUCCAGAUCGCAUGGAUCCGCACAAAGACGCCCGCAAUUGCUCCUAUCCAGCUCACGACGACCUACGGCCUGUUCAGCAUCUGCGAAGAGAGCUCGUACGAGCCGGGCGUGACAACUUGUCGGCCGUUCCCUUCGAGGGCGCUCGAUUGCAAGGGUCAAGCGCGAGGAGCGAAGGUGGAAGGUUCCGAGGAGUACAAGGACGUCUGGAUGUCGGCGGCGGGACUAGCCGGAGGAAAAGGAGCGGCGCAGCGGGUCACUCGCAGGAAGAGGUUCGCCGAGUCGGGCUGGGGUUUGUGCGAGAAUUGGUCAACCGCUGGCUACGCCCAUCAGCUCUCGCUCAUCCUCGGCCUCGCCAACAUCAUCGCCAUCGUCCUCACCCUCAUCGGCACCGCCAGCGCAGGCCGAGGCUACCGAACCGAUAAGCUCCGCAGCGGCUGGAAACUCGUCGCCGGACUCAUGUUCCUCCAGGCGCUCUGCACGUGCAUCAGCUCGAGCUUCAUCGCGUGGGAGAGGCAUCAUGAUGAGCGGUUUGCACAUGGAUCGAAGCUGGGCCGCGCCUGGGUCGAAACCGUCGUCGCCUAUGCCCUCAACCUCUUCAUCGUCAUCACGCUCCUCCUCACCCGCGUCACCGGCAAGCUCAGGAUGGUCCCCGGCGACGAAGGCUACGAACCCAUCUCGUCUUGA